CCAUGGUUUUAUGGAGGGGAAUUGAGUAUAAGAUAAAGGGAUUUUUUUACCCAUUCUAGCAACAGGUCUUAUAUAUCAUUGCACUCCGGCGUCUCAACUGGUCUCCUUCCGGCGCUUGAAAUCGCGGCGCACUCUCCGCGAACUCACCAGAUCUCGUCUUCGAAUCUUUAGUUCAUCGAACUGUUUGUCUUCAUCAGACUUUGGUGGCCAGUUGGGCAGGUAAGAGGAGAGCAAAGCAAGAGCCCAAGAAAAGGGAGAUAUGGAGCAAACACUAUGGGGUCAUUUGCCCUUACUGGUUAGGUCAAACUCUAAAGAAUCAGUUGAGUACAUUCUUCAAGCCCUAUGGAGGACCCGUAACACUGGCCUUGACACUGCCGACCGCCACAUCUUCUGUGACAUCCUUCAGCUUCAAAACGACUCCGACCUCGACCCACUUUUGGUAUGCCUCAGGACUUUGAUCCGAAGGUGUGUUUAUGAGAAUAUAAGCAAGGAUGAGAUUCAGAAGCUGUUUCCAAGUGAGGUGCUUCCUGAAUUGCAAAGACUAUUGACGCUUUUGUUGCAGAAAUUUCAAAGAGAAUGGCGUGAAGAGGUUCUAAAGGACCAGGUUGUUUUGCCUCGAUUAAAAGCAAUGACAUGGGACAUGGCAAACCAGGAGUCCACAGAAGAGGCAGACCCUGUGGCUGUUAUCAAUUUGAAGCUCCAAAAUGAUGCCAAAUCUCAUCCAGGAGAAUCAGAUGUGAAGUUUCGAUUGGCCAAAGAUACUUUAGAUACAAUGCUGAGAUCCAUGUACUGCAUAAGAGACCAGUUGUCUAACAUGGGUGAAACAUCUAAUGGACAUCUACCAAAAGAAACCAAUACGGUAUAGUUAACUGGCGUUAUUCACAUUGAAAGGUGUGGUUUGGAUCAAGAGUCUAUUGCACCUGUAAAGUCCAUUUGGUGGGUUACUCUUGCUCUGUGGAAGAAUCAUUGAAGUCAUCAAUUAAUUUUUUAGGCAGUCUAUUGCUUGUUGGUUUAUCUGCCAACCAGGAACCAAUGUGUUACCUCACUGGUCCAACUUAUAAGAAAUCCUGCAUAAAGUUUGCCAUGUUUUUCUUGUAUGAAGUGGGAAUAAAAAUGAUCAACUGAUGUAAAUAAAGAGAGUUUUCUCCA